GCCCAGUACGCGCUUGACCACGCUGCCGAGAGGAUCUCGUUCCACGUUUCCGCAGCUGUAACCAGUGUGAACGAGAGAGACCCGUCAACAUGCCCAACUGUCCCAAGUGCGGCAAGGCUGUCUAUUUCGCCGAAAGGAAGACCUCUUUGGGCAAAGACUGGCAUGGUGCCUGUUUGCGCUGUGAAAAAUGCAACAAAACCUUGACACCCGGCAGCCAUUCGGAGCACGAAGGCAAACCUUACUGUAAUCAUCCGUGUUACGCCGCUCUAUUUGGUCCCGGAGGUUUCGGCCGAGGCGGAGCCGAGAGUUACGUUUACAAAAAGUGAAAAUCUCGAGGAAGACGGCGAGAACGAUACUUAUUAUUAACUAAAACGCGUUACCUGUACCGUAGAUGAUAAAUUUAAUUAACUAUACGCAGAUUGCCAUAAGAGUGAAUGCACAGUGUUUUCGUAAAAAUUUUACGAAAAGUAUGAUUGCAAUUUAUGAAAUAUUUAAGAUAAUUAAUUUUUUACAGUGUUAUCUAUCGCCUAAUGU